CAUGGCCAGCGUCCACGAGAGCCUCUACUUCAACCCCAUGAUGACCAACGGGGUAGUGCACGCCAAUGUGUUCGGUAUCAAGGACUGGGUGACGCCGUACAAGAUCGCGGUGCUGGUGCUGCUGAACGAGAUGGGCCGCACGGGCGAGGGCGCCGUCAGCCUCCUGGAGCGGCGGAGGCUCAACCAGCUGCUGCUGCCGCUGCUGCAGGGCCCAGAUAUUACACUGUCAAAACUAUACAAAUUAAUUGAAGACUCUUGUCCUCAGCUGGCGAAUUCAGUACAGAUCAGAAUCAAACUGAUGGCUGAAGGCGAGUUGAAGGAUAUGGAGCAGUUUUUUGAUGACCUUUCAGAUUCCUUUUCGGGAACUGAACCAGAGGUUCACAAAACAAGUGUAGUAGGCUUAUUUCUGCGGCACAUGAUCUUGGCCUACAGUAAGCUUUCUUUCAGCCAAGUGUUUAAGCUGUACACUGCCCUUCAGCAGUACUUUCAAAACGGUGAGAGAAAGACAGUGGAGGAUGCUGAUAUGGAAUUGACCAGUAGAGAAGAAAGUGAAAGAAAAAUGGAAAAAGAAGAACUUGAUGUAUCUGUAAGAGAAGAGGAGGUAUCUUGCAGUGGGCCUCUGUCCCAAAAACAAGCAGAGUUUUUUCUUUCUCAGCAGGCUUCUUUGUUAAAGAAUGAUGAGACCAAAGCCCUCACUCCAGCUUCCUUGCAGAAAGAAUUGAACAACUUACUGAAAUUUAAUCCUGAUUUUGCUGAAGCGCAUUAUCUCAGCUACUUAAACAACCUUCGUGUCCAAGAUGUGUUUAGUUCAACACACAGUCUCCUUCACUAUUUUGACCGCCUGAUUCUUACUGGAGCCGAAAGCAAAAGUAAUGGGGAAGAAGGCUAUGGCCGGAGCUUGAGAUACGCUGCUCUGAACCUCGCCGCCCUGCACUGCCGCUUCGGUCACUAUCAACAGGCAGAGCUCGCCCUGCAGGAGGCAAUUAGGAUUGCCCAGGAAUCCAAUGACCACGUCUGUCUCCAGCAUUGUUUGAGCUGGCUUUAUGUGCUGGGGCAGAAGAGAUCCGAUAGCUAUGUUCUGCUGGAGCAUUCUGUGAAGAAAGCAGUACAUUUUGGGUUACCGUACCUCGCCUCCCUGGGAAUACAGUCCCUUGUUCAACAGAGAGCUUUUGCUGGGAAGACGGCAAACAAGCUGAUGGAUGCCCUGAAGGACUCUGACCUCCUGCACUGGAAACACAGCCUGUCAGAGCUCAUCGACAUCAGUAUCGCACAGAAAACGGCCAUCUGGAGGCUCUACGGCCGCAGUACCAUGGCACUGCAGCAAGCCCAGAUGUUGCUGAGCAUGAACAGCCUGGAGUCGGUGAAUGCGGGAGUGCAGCAGAACAACACGGAGUCGUUUGCCGUCGCGCUCUGCCACCUCGCAGAGCUACACGCGGAGCAGGGUUGUUUCACUGCAGCUUCUGAAGUAUUAAAACACUUGAAGGAACGAUUUCCACCUAAUAGUCAGCAUGCUCAGUUAUGGAUGCUGUGUGAUCAAAAGAUACAGUUUGACAGAGCAAUGAAUGAUGGCAAAUAUCAUCUGGCUGAUUCACUUGUCACAGGAAUCACAGCUCUUAAUAGCAUAGAGGGUGUUUAUAGAAAAGCAGUUGUAUUACAAGCGCAGAACCAAAUGUCAGAAGCACACAAACUUUUACAAAAAUUGUUGAUUUAUUGUCAGAAAAUGAAGAAUACAGAAAUGGUGAUUAGUGUCCUGCUGUCGGUGGCAGAGUUGUACUGGCGGUCGUCCUCCCCUACCAUCGCACUGCCUGUGCUCCUGCAGGCUCUGGCCCUCUCCAAGGAGUACCGGUUACAGUACUUGGCCUCUGAAACAGUGCUGAACUUGGCUUUUGCCCAG